GAUAAGAAGAAAGUGCAGCAUGUGAGUAGUAUCCGGCACAACGAAUGGGUCACAACGGAUGAUGACAUCUCGCGUUCCACUGCUGCUGAUGCUACAGCAAUAACAUCUGUUGGGGAAACUAUUGGGAACGCAGCUGUACAGAAUUCAUUUGGUUUCCCUGCUGAUUUAUUUUCAACGCCACCACCAACAAUCAAUCCAUAUGCCGCACUUCCACAGCACAUAGUGUCUGAGAUAACUGCAGGAUUGUCCGCUCCUCCUCCAGUUUCGUUCCAGGUUCCACCCCCAAGCGUCAUUGUAGGCAAUAUCCCGCCUAAUCAUGGUACUGCGGGAUUCGUCAGUCAAGGAAUCUUUCCGAAUGGUACGAGUAUGGCUGUUCCCACAGAAGUGGCGAAGCCGGUGACUAUCUUCCCCACAAAAAUUGCGGUUGAUUACGAAAGAGACAUCAUUCCUAGAUCACCAACACCGCCUCCAACUCCACCUCGUAGACCCAAUCCACGUUUACGGCCAGGAGCCAUGGGUAAGUUCAUGUAUCUCAUCAUGAUUUCGUGA